AUGGGGCCUAAUGGAUUGAAUGAUUUUGUGAAUACUAAAUAUAAAAUUUAUGCAAUUGUAGAGGAUAAUACAAAUGUUGAUAUAGCCAAGUCUACACACAAAUUUGAGAAUCAAGAAAAGAUGGGAUACUCCAAAGUUUCUUUGAAAAAAUUACUUAAAGAUAAUGGGGCUUUGGUUUUGUGUUGUGAAGUGGAAAUUGAUUAUUAUAAUCCUAUUGAUGAUUUACAAAUUAAUGUUUAUCGAAAAAUGUUUGAACAGGAAAUGUUUACUGAUUGUGUUAUUAAAAUUGGGGAUCAAAUAAUUAAUACUCAUCGUUGUAUUUUGGCUCAAAAUAGUGAAGUAUUUUAUAAUAUGUUUAAACAAAAUGGAAUGAUUGAAUCUUUAAAUGUUAGGGCUUUGUUAUUUUUAAGAGAAGUUUUUAUUGCUGACACUUCCCCCGAAUGUUUUCGUGCAAUGCUGGAAUUUUUUUUUCAGGGAAUAUUAAUAAAAGUUUAA